AUGCUCUCCCGAUCGGAAAAGACGACGAGGGAGAGAUAGGAGCAGACUGCUUCCCCGAGUUUUGUUUUCCCAUCUACUAGGUGACCAUCAACCGAAUUAGUGGGAAACACUAACGAAGGAUCUCUGUUUUGCAAAAACAACAAUCCGGACGAAAGGCUUCGACGAUCAAGCCUUAAGAAGUCGGUCUUGCGGCUUCGUGGUGGAUCGUGUGCGCCUAGGUGAAUUCAUGUUCUACUGGGCUCCGCGAUCAAGCGACGCCCAUUGGCACUCGACGACCGCCAGCCCGGCACACUCGACGGGACAAAGACCGCUCGAUACCAGCAGAAGGAGACGCGACGACGACAACACCAACAUCGACUGUUCUCGGGGACGGAGAAAGCUGUUUCGAGGCGGAAGACAGGCGAAAAGGACGAAGAAGAGGGCUCUCUUCCUGCGUAACUUUGUGGCAACAAAGAGGUGACAGUCAAGGUGAAGUAUCAUGGGAGGUGGCGGCGGAGAGCGGUGCAGCAACAUUCCAGGCGCCCAUCAUGAGCGCCCCAAGAAGAAGAACCAGCAUCUGGGCCGAAGCAAGCAGAGGGGCCGCGACCAGAACGGCAACAUGACGGUGGUGUCGGCUGCGGGGGCCGGUGUCCUCCACCAACAUCGGCGCAGCAGCGACAAGGGCGUUCUGGGGUUCCAAUGCUCUCCGGAGGCGCGGCAGGCCGAGGCGGCCGCUUCCAUCGCCCGUCUGGCCGCCGCCUACCAGCAGGACUGGGAGGGGGCCGUGUCCCACCUCAACACACUGCUGAGCGCCCGGGGCAGCCCCAGCUAUGCUGGGCCCAAGUUCAGUGAGCCGCCCUCGCCCAGCGUGCUGCCCAAGCCACCCAGCCACUGGGUGUCCUUCCCCAUGAGUGCCGGCGAGAGUAGGGAGAUGAUGACCUUCCAGCUCAAGAGCCUCUUGAAGGUGCAAGCCUGAAGAGGAAAAUGGCUGUAAUACGCUUUUUAAUGAGCUGUUUUUUUUUAACAAAUCAGAUAUUACAGUCCUCUUGCCUCGCUGGUGACGACAAAGUGGAUACCCCAUCCAACACACCCACCCACACAACACCUUUUUUUUGCGUCGGGUUUUGUUCUUUUUAUUAUGGCUAUCAAAGCAGAUUGGGUGCACUUAUUUUUCCACACGUUACUUAAUUCCCGUCCGCUUCUGUGGACAUAUACAGCCGAUUUUAUUUUUUAUACUCGAUAACGGGUUGCCAGCACAGUCCAGUCUCCUUUUUUGUAGCACAUUUAAAAACGAGAAGCCCCUCUGGCUUUCUUGUUUUUCAAACAGUAGGACGCUCAACUGCGAUUCUGCAGGGAAAUCACGUGUACAUUCUUUUUUAAUGGCGUUUUGAUGAAAGUUGAUAUCAUGGCACACGGGCCUCUGGCGGUCGACUCCUGUGUACGUACCUUUUUUUAUUGCGCUGUGCGCACAUGCACUACUGGGGACGUGCUGCUCAAAGGCCCGGUUGGCACUCGUGUUCACACUGCCUCUCAAAGACAUUUUUCUGCCGUUGCUCUUGCUAUUGUCCUCCUGUUUGGAGGGAGUAUCACGAAGGGGGCGACACCUGCGUGUGUAAAAUUACAGAUGUGACAUUCACUCUGAAAGUGUCAGUGCCCCACGUGAAAGGCGGACAAAUGUCGAGUCUUGGUGUUUGUAGUGUGUCCAGGUCGUCUUGUUGUGCUUCGGUGGUGCCGUGCGUUAACCAAAGCUGCCCCCCCCGCCUGCUUCUGUUACUCAAUCUCAUCUUUUAACACCCACUCGUCCCGCUGUAACAUGCGGAAGAGGACCAAUAAAAUUGGUCCUGUCUGCGGCACAAGUUUGUGUUGAAAAGAUGAGGCUGCGUUGUCAUUUUGUGACAUUAUGAGCGUGGUGCGCUGUUUGUUUCUGGUCCAUCAUGAUUUUGAGCCCAUUUUGCACUGCACUUGCUCCAGAUGUGUUGUUACAGGCUGUGACGGUCUAGAAUCAGAUGCGCGAUCGACUAUCUUGUUUUCCUCCUCACGUGAGCCAUUUUCUGCUUUUGAUUCGUUGUUGCUUUCCCUGUGCAGAAUUGAAUCUGCUUCAUAGCCAGACUAAAGACGACAAAACCUCAUUCGAUGAUCAUGUCUUUCAGGAGCCAUGUAAAUACUAAUAAGAAUGAUGGCAUGUAUAAAGUUCUUGUAGCAUAUUGUACAUUUGCAAGCACAGAGUACGGCGGAGGCUUGCAGACGAAAGUAUUUUUAGUACUAAUUAUAACACUGAAUGUAUGGGACGAGCACCGUCUCGACUUCGUUGAUGCUGAAGAAUAUUUUUGUUAAGAAAAAGAAAGAAAACCAAGCAUUUGCCAGAAUGAGUGAGCCCUGCACUGAAGUCUUUUGGGAGAUCUUGCACAUGGUUUUUAUGAUUUUGUACGAUGCAGUGUAGAGUGAAAGAAAUGUGUCGCCGAUUGGAACCGGGGAGAUUUGUAUUUGCGCGACAUUUAUCUGGAUGAAUUUGUAACUCGGGUUAUGCCUAAAUUUGAGCCCCUUAGAAAACCAAUUUGACUAUUUUUGUCCUAAAAACAAUUUUAGAAGCACCCUUACCUCUCAGCUGAUCUUCCGCCAGCUGAUUAUUUUUAUGUUAAUAUGCUGUUGAUCCAGUUAAGUCAUGCAUUGCAGUCUCCUCAUGCUAAAUUAGAACUUGUAUUGUCAUAAAUUGGAUUUGAAUUUGUCCCCACUCAUUUUCUUUGGAAAGAAGAAAUGCCCUGUUUAUUGGUAACAAUUGGUUUAAAAAAAUAUGGAAAAAUGCAUUGAUUGAAGUUAAAUUUGACAUGAAAUUAAUAAAUAAUCCCUUCCCCAUCCCCCCUAAA